AUGAAAGAACCAGAAGAACCAGAUAUUGAAGAAUCAGAUAUUCCUGUUAUCAGUAAUUACGAAGUGCUAGCAGCACUUAAUCAAAUAAUUAUAUAUACAGAGCAAAAAUCUGAUAAAAUUGACUUUUCAAAAGAUCAAAUUCGAGCCAUAAAGAAGUUGCGUAAAAUGGUAGAACGAGAAGA